UUCAUCCGUAUUCACUUUGGUCCAGCUGGUAAACUGGCCGGUGCUGACAUUGAAACAUAUCUGCUGGAGAAGGCCCGUGUCAUAUCUCAGCAGUCUCUUGAGCGAUCCUACCAUAUUUUCUACCAGAUUAUGUCCGGCUCAGUCCCUGGAGUGAAAGAGAAUUGCCUCCUUUCCAACAACAUCCACGACUAUUACUUCGUGUCUCAGGGGAAGACGGAGAUUGCCGGCUUAAGCGAUGGAGAGGAAAUGAGCAUCACGGAUCAAGCCUUUGAUGUGCUGGGUUUCACCCAAGAAGAGAAGGAUAACGUGUACAAGAUCACUGCCUCUGUAAUGCACAUGGGUGGCAUGAAGUUCAAGCAGAGGGGUCGAGAAGAACAAGCCGAGGCUGAUGGUACAGAGGAAGGAGCACGUGUAGCUAAGCUUCUGGGAACAGAAGUUGAGGAACUUUACAAGAACUUCCUGAAGCCCAGGAUAAAGGUCGGCAACGAAUUUGUGACCCAGGGUAGGAACAAGGAUCAGGUCGCGUAUUCUGUGGGUGCCAUGUCCAAGGGUAUGUUCGAUCGGGUGUUCAAAUGGUUGGUAAAGAAGUGUAACGAGACUCUGGACACAAAGCAGAAGAGACAGCACUUCAUCGGUGUACUGGAUAUUGCCGGUUUCGAGAUCUUCGACUUCAACGGCUUCGAGCAGCUGUGUAUCAACUUCACCAAUGAGAAACUUCAACAAUUCUUCAACCAUCACAUGUUUGUGCUUGAACAAGAAGAGUACAAGAAGGAGGGAAUCGAAUGGGCUUUCAUUGAUUUUGGAAUGGAUUUGCUGGCUUGCAUUGAACUCAUUGAGAAGCCUAUGGGUAUCAUGUCAAUCCUUGAGGAAGAGUCUAUGUUCCCUAAGGCUACUGACAGGACCUUUGAAGAGAAGUUGAUGAACAACCACUUGGGCAAGUCUCCCAACUUCCAGAAGCCAAAACCACCAAAGCCUGGACAAGCCGCCGCUCACUUCGCCAUCGGCCAUUACGCAGGCACUGUGUCCUACAACAUCACUGGAUGGCUUGAGAAGAACAAAGAUCCCUUGAACGACACUGUGGUUGAUCAGUUCAAGAAAGCCAGCAACAAACUGCUAGUUGAGAUCUUUGCCGACCAUCCUGGACAGUCUGGCGCUGUUGUCGAUUCUAGUGGUGGCGGCGGCAAGGGAGGAGCCAAGAGAGCAAAGGGUUCCGGGUUCCAGACCGUAUCUUCCUUGUACCGGGAGCAGCUAAACAACUUGAUGACAACCCUGAGGAGUACUCAGCCUCACUUUGUCCGUUGUAUCAUCCCCAACGAGUUGAAACAGCCAGGUCUAAUUGACUCUCACCUGGUGAUGCACCAGCUCACCUGUAACGGUGUGCUUGAAGGAAUCCGUAUCUGUCGUAAGGGAUUCCCCAACAGGAUGGUGUACCCUGAUUUUAAGCUCCGAUACAAGAUUCUAUCUCCAUCUGAGGCAGAUAAAGCUGGUGACGACAUAAAGAAGGUAGCUCUAGCGCUAUUGGACGCUGUCAAUAUGGACGCCCAAUCGUACCGACUGGGUCACACCAAGGUGUUCUUCAGAGCUGGUGUCCUGGGUCAGUUGGAGGAACUCCGAGACGAACGUCUCAGCAAGAUCAUUACCUGGCUCCAGUCCUGGAUUCGAGCCUAUCUCUCUCGCAAGGAGUACAAGAAGUUGCAGGACCAGAGGAUCGCUCUCCAGGUGGUACAGCGAAAUCUCCGAAAGUACCUGCAGUUGCGCACAUGGCCAUGGUGGAAACUGUGGCAGAAGGUCAAACCUAUGCUCAACGUCACGCGCAUAGAGGACGAGAUAAAGAAACUGGAGGAUAAGGUGCAGAAGGCUCAGGAAGCCUUUGAGAAGGAGGAGAAACUGAGAAAAGAAGUAGAGGCCCUCAACUCUAAACUACUGCAAGAGAAGACAGAUCUGUUGGCCAGCCUGGAAGGAGAGAAAGGUUCUCUGUCCGACGUCCAGGAGAGAGCCAAUAAACUCCAAGCUCAAAAGACAGAUCUCGAGUCUCAGCUUCACGACACACAAGAGAGAUUACAACAGGAAGAAGAUGCUCGUAAUCAGUUGUUCCAGGGUAAGAAGAAACUUGAACAAGAAGUCUCUGGCCUCAAGAAAGACAUCGAGGACCUGGAGCUUUCCGUCCAAAAGUCCGAGCAAGAUAAGGCGACCAAAGACCACCAGAUCCGAAAUCUCAACGACGAGAUUGCGCACCAGGACGAGCUGAUCAACAAGCUGAAUAAGGAGAAGAAGAACCAGGGCGAGACCAACCAGAAAACCGCUGAGGAACUCCAGGCUGCUGAGGACAAGGUCAACCACUUGAACAAGGUGAAGGCCAAAUUGGAGCAGACCCUUGAUGAACUCGAAGACUCUCUUGAACGUGAGAAGAAACUACGUGGUGAUAUUGAGAAGGCAAAGCGAAAGGUCGAGGGUGACCUGAAACUGACCCAGGAAGCCGUGUCUGACCUGGAGCGCAACAAGAAGGAACUCGAACAGACGAUCCAGCGCAAGGACAAGGAGAUUUCCUCCCUGGCUGCCAAACUUGAAGAUGAACAGUCCCUCGUUGCGAAACUUCAGAAACAGAUCAAGGAGUUGCAGUCCCGCAUUGAAGAACUUGAGGAAGAAGUUGAAGCUGAACGCCAGGCGAGAGCCAAGGCUGAGAAGCAGCGGUCAGACCUAGCCCGCGAACUGGAGGAAUUAGGAGAACGUCUUGAGGAAGCCGGAGGCGCCACCUCGGCACAGAUCGAGCUGAACAAGAAGCGAGAAGCCGAGCUUGCCAAAUUGCGCCGAGACCUGGAGGAAGCCAACAUCCAGCAUGAGGGUACCCUGGCUAACCUUCGCAAGAAACACAACGACGCUGUGGCCGAGAUGGGAGAGCAGAUUGAUCAACUGAACAAGCUGAAAGCUAAGGCCGAGCAUGACCGCUCGUCUGUUUAUAACGAGAUGAACAACGUCCGAGGGGCAAUCGACAGUCUGGCCCGCGAUAAGGUAAAAUGUGGUGUCAUCUGUCCCUUGUCCACAGGUUAAAGCAGCAUGAAUGUGUCCCCGUUCUUCGUCUGUACUU